GUGCAUAGACUGACCGGCCUGUCCGUAUUUGCCGGAGCAUAUAAAAUAAAGAUGCAGAAAUUAUAAGUGUGCUUCAUAAACCAAGCAUAAGCUAAGACGUCAACUAAUCACAAACUCUGCCAACAGUUGUAACUGAAACAACUGACACAGUAUACAAACGAACAGAAGCCAAUUUUCCAAAAGCACUGCAUGUAUUCCUUUCAUUCUUUCUUUGCAUGCUCAGAAGUAAAAGUUAACAUUGGUCAUAUUCCUGCAUUUUUAUAUACUCAUCUUAGGUGAACCGGACCUUAUUAGUUAUUAUGCAGUUCUCAAUAAAAUUAGACCUCCAUGGUAGAUUAUCAUUAAGUUACCAGAAUUCUAACUUGUUAUACAAUCUAUUUGAACUGAAUGAUUGAGCUUUUUUUAUGGCUAAUAUUCUACUUCUUUUUUAGUCAUAAAAGCAUGUACAGUGCUGCGUACUAAGUAUUUUUAAAAUGGAUAUACUGCGUAUAAUUAAUGGCAUUAUGGAUUUGCUUUUUAGCUCCAGUUCGUGUCCCAUCAAGAAUUCGUUUGAACACAAUUGUGACUGAGAAGGUAUAUAUUAAUUAUAUUUUUGCUUUAUAUGUUAUGCUAUGCUAUGCAAAAUAAUAGUCAUUUCAAAUAAUAUGGGAUCGGGUUUGCAUUUCUAAUUAAACUUUACACUUGAACAAAAGAAACCGGGUGCCGUAAUCACAAACCGGAACCACAGGUAUUUUUUUAGGCCUUCUGUACUUAAAUGACAAAAUGAAAAAAGUAGCAGUGUAAUUGUAGUUUAUUAAUCAGUAAAAGAAUUUUGUGGUUAUUUUCUUUAGCUAAAUCAACUUCGUCGUAGAGAGAAAUCAGAAGAUUGGUUUAAAACCUACAAAUCGUCUUUUGUACAUUAUUUUAGACUGCAUACUCUAUUGCUUCGUAUACUUUACAUUACUGUAGUGGUCAAUGGAAAUGAAGUCAGUUCGUUUAACACUAUACAAUGAAGUAAUGGCACAUCGUGUACCACUUUUACUUGUCAAUUGCAAUAUUGUAUCAGAUAUCAAAGAUUGGAGCUCUGAGGUUUGUAAAUACUAUAUAUACCUAUUAUAUCUAAAUCAAUCAUAUAAAAUAAUUUUGCAGACAUCUAUAGUUGAAAUGAAACAAGGGUAAGUCCAAUUCAACACCAUUCUUUUGUACAAGGUAUAUCAAUUCUUAAAAUUCCGUCACUUGUCAAUUACACAUUGGUCAAUUCUUUGUUGGUUAUGUACGAUUUUAAGAUUCGAAAUUAUUUUAAUUCCCUAUCUGUUGAAGUUACAUCUGCAUGCGUGCGUCCUUUGUAAGUAGCUUGGGGUCUAAUUUAAAAUCGUUUCUUUUGUCUCAGAAUUAUUGUUAAACUAGCCUAAAUUGUGUAUCUUGGUCUAAGUUCCGAGUUUUGAUUGAUGUGCAUGCAGGCUUCAAUGUUUCAUAAUGACUAAAAUCUAAUCAAAUAGAAAUAAUUACUAAAGGAGGGUAAAUUAUAGUUAUAUCAGGGAUAUAAAUUUGAAAUAAAACAUACGUAGUUUCCAUUUGGGGCUUCCUCGCCACUAAAUAAUUGUUAUCGAUAGUUCUAGAUACUGCAUAUUUUUUGCAAUUUAUAUAAUAAUGGUAACCAUGUCAAAUUCAAAAUAGAUUAAAAAAUUAUCUUCAAUUUUGGAAAGUUCAAGCUGUCUAGAGAUUUCAUGUGUGUUUUGAGUUUGUGUUAUAUAAUUUGUCUCUCAGGAUCAUCGCCUCAAACCUAUGAAUAGGAUCCUGGAUCCUCACAUGAUAUCAAUUAUAAAUGUGAUGGCAGAGGAGAAAUGCUGCGUCUUCACAGCACAAUGUAGUGCAGCUCAUUAUUAUUCAAAGUUGAAGAGUGGUGAAAAAUUGUGGAUUUUUAUCUUGAUUUCGCUCUCUGAACUUUUGUAUUAAAUUAAUAAAUUUAUUAUUAGCAUGACAAAAUUACUGGAUGCUGAUGGGUUGAGAGGAGUACAAUUAUUUCGUUAAUUGUACUGCAGUACAAUUAAUGAUUUUCCCAAAACAAACAAAAACUCGCCCCGGCGGCUCGUCCAAGUUUGCCAAAAUUUCCAAACAUCACUCGUACUAUUAAUCCCUAAUUGUACUUGCCAUCGCAUGAUUACCUAUAUGUACUACUUCGAUUGGGUCACUUGGGUUUUAACUGAUAGGAAAAAUUUUUAAGUCAAAUUUUAUUGAAACUAAUUCUUAAGAAAAAUAUAUUUAUGAUAAAGAGAAGAAUGUUUCGAUAAUUGUCAUUUGUUAAAAAACAAGUUUCCGUUCCUUAGAUGCAGGUGAAGGAAAGGAGAUGAGGGAAAGGAAAGAGGGCUUCAUACAGGGAGACCUGUGGCCGCAUGUAAAAAACAAAAUCCAUUGUUUGACUUUAUUUCUCUAUUAGACAAAGAAAAUUUAAGAUGUCUUUGUGAUUGGUUAAUGGCAGUGGAGUCCGAGGUUUUUGUCGAGUUGUUUUGUUUUUAUUCUCUGAAAUUAUUAUUAUAUUUUUCGUGUUUCGCCAAAGAUACUGUAUGUCAAGCAGUUUUUAUUCGAGGCAUUUAAGUUACUUUCUAAAUUAAAUUUGGUUAGCUUUUGUUGAUUUUUUUCUUCUAUUUUCUCUUGUAUUCCUAUAGCCUUUUUUCCUCGGCUACUUUAAUUCAGACUCAAACCAGCUGCGAAAAUUUCUUCGUCUUUCUUUUCCCAUUGCCUCUUGUUGGCUGCUUUUGCACUUCCUUUAUCGUCUAUUCGUUCAUGCUAUAUAGAAGAUUUUGGAUUUACAUUGUUUUGUCGAGAAAACGGAGAUAAACCAAGGAAAAUUAAGACAGUGCAUUAUGGCGUUUUAUUAUAUGGCAAGCAUCACUUCCGGUGAAAUGGCGAUUGUGAUUGGUAGAGAAGUCCAUUACGUAAAAACAAACGCAUGCAUUUUUAAAGCAAAACAGCAAAAUUUGAAAAUUAUAAUUUAAUUUGUUAUUAAUAAGAUAUCUGCGAAUGGUUUCUAGCGGAAAAGAAGGAAUAUAUUGAUAUUUUUUGUUUUCUUCGACCAAAUGUGUACCAUGCUACUAAUAUGCAUUUCAAAUCAUGCAUUUCUUGUUUGUUUUAAUAUAGUUAUAAAUGCCAUAUAAUAAACUUUUUAUUAACUUCGCUUGCUCGGUAUGUACAGAGAAAUAUCGGAUCCUCGUUUUUUUUGUACAAGCCUCGCUCUACGCGGAUAUAUAUAAAAAAGACCUCGGUCCGAUAUUUCUCUUUACAGACCUCGCGUUCAGUUAAUAAGUAGUUGAUAAUACACGCGCAUUAAAUUCGUGUUAUAUCCCACAUAUAUUAUAAAACAUGUUAACAGAUAUUAAACAGCUUUGGAUAAUUAGCGAAUACAUAUCCUUAUUUCUCUUUGAUGCAGUUAAAAGUUGCAGCCAACCUAUCUCUGGAAGCAUGGUAUUACAACGAAACGUUCGCAGCCUGGGAACCGCUCAUGGAAAGUGAAGAAACACUAAGUGGAAGACAUCUCUGGCAAUUAGAACUUAAGGUAUUCGUAUUGCCAUACUUGUAUACCAUCUAAAAUCUUUUUGACAUUUUGUUUUGAACUUUUAUAUUGGACUUUCUGUUGUUACAUGUUCAGACAUACUGUUGUUUUAAUUUCGAAUUUAACCAAGGGUGGGUUGACUACAAAUUUUUUGUAGUUCGCUAUAACUACAGCUACUUCAAAAAUAUGUAGUCAGCUACAACUACUGCUACUUUUGAACAAAUUAAGUAGUUCGCUACUGACUACAGCUACUGCUUAAAAAAAUGUAGCGAACUAUUUCGCUAUUUCGCUACUCAAUAUUUUUAAUUUUGCUGUAUAUGGAACAUCUACUAUAGCUCAGGCUGUAAUAGUCAUCCUGUAAUAGGUCAAUGAUAUAGUCACCCUGUAAUAGGUCAAUAAUAGUCAUCGUGUUGUUGAAAGCGGAGUCAUUCACUCGGCAAUUAGCGACCACUCUAUUGUUUAUUGCACUAUAAAAUCUGGUGUUCCCAAAGCUCCUCCAAAAACAAUUGAAUAUCGCUCUUACCGCACAUUUGACAAGAACUCUUUUAUUCAAGAUCUUAAGUCAAUUGACUGGGAUAUAAUAGACGAAACUCAAGAUCUAGAUGCUGCUGUCGAAACAUGGAAUACACUCUUUUCUGAUGUUGCUGAUAAACAUGCACCUAUUAAAAGGAGCCGCAUCAAAGGAACCAAAACACCCUGGUUGACGGCUAAACUUAAAGACGCGAUGCGAGAUCGUGAUUACCAUCAUAGAAAGGCUAUUAAAAGUAACUCUGAAUUUCACUGGAACAUGUACAAAAAAUUAAAAUGCCUUGUUACCAAACAAGUUAAGAAGAGUAAAGCCGAUUAUUAUCUCGAAUUAAUUAACAGAAACAAAAGCAAUUCUGGUGGGCUAUGGAAAAUACUCAAUGAAAUUACAUCACGUAAAUCCACAUCGCCAGUCACUUGUAUUGAAGCGGACGGCGUAACCUACACGGACUCACAAUCCAUUGCUGAAGUCCUGAAUGAUUAUUUUUCUUCUAUUGGAUCGAAACUCGCUGCUAGGAUAACUCCUGGUCUAAAUUACAUCUGGAAAAACCCUUCUUUGACUGUUGAUGCUAAUCCUGUUAGUGGUUUCAACUUCCAACCUGUAGGAAGCGUUUGUCCGUACAGAAUUAAAUCGGCUAAAGACCAACAAAGCCAUAGGACUUGACAAGAUUAGCGCGCGUCUUCUAAAGGACUCUGCCUCAUUAAUAGCACCAGUUUUAACAAAGUUGUUCAAUAGGUCAUUGGAGUCGUCGAAAUUCCCGUCGAUCUGGAAAUUUGGUAAAGUCACUGCUCUAUUUAAAUCUGGAGACAGAUGCGAUUCUGGAAAUUAUAGACCGAUCACUAUUCUACCCACGGUCAGCAAAGUCUUAGAGAAGGUUGCACAUCACCAAGUUUACAAAUACCUUGUGGAUGAAAAGAUUCUAUCGCCAGUGCAAUUUGGUUUCAGACCAAAUCUAUCAACCGAAGUCGCUUUGAUACAUUUUACUGACUCGAUUCUUGAUAAUAUGGACAAAGGCGCUGUCACUGGAGCAGUCUUUUUGGACCUAUCAAAGGCCUUUGACACGGUGAACCAUUCUAUACUAUUUUCAAAAUUAUCGAAGGCUGGAUUUACUGAUGCCACUAUAACAUGGUUCAAAUCAUACCUAUAUCAGAGAAUACAGGUAACAAGAGUGGAUAAUGCUACCUCUUCUGCAAAGUAUGUCUCAGUUGGAGUUCCACAAGGGAGUGUCCUUGUACCACUCCUAUUUAUCCUUUACGUGAACGACUUGCCGUCUUGUAUUAAGAAGUGUAAAGUGACUAUGUAUGCAGAUGACACGGUUCUUUAUUUCUCUUCCUCUACGUUGUCGGAACUUGAGGAAAAUUUGAAUGCUGACCUUGAAAUCCUUCGCAGAUAUUUAAAUGACAAUCUUUUAACUUUGAACGCUGAGAAAAGCAAAUUUGUAAUCUUCGGCAGCACGCGUAAACUCAAUUCAUUCCGUGAGUUUUCAUUAGAGAUCAACGCACAUAACUUGGAACGUAGAGACACCUUCAAAUACCUUGGCAUUAAACUUAAUCAAAAUAUGUCUUGGUCGGACCAGAUUGAUGCCCUUAGCAAAAAAGUCAGCCAACGACUUGGAGUUCUGCGUCGUGUUAAGUAUUUGCUGCCUCUACAUGGUCGUUUGGCGAUAUAUAACAGUCUCUUUUUACCGUUAUUUGAUUAUGCAGAUAUUGUGUGGGGGGACAAGAACAAUAAAGUCCUAAUGCAUAAUCUCCAGGUUUGCAAAAUAACGCAGCAAGAACUAUACUGGAUUAUCCCAAAUACUUUUCCGGUACAGAAGCCCUCGCACAGCUAA